ACCACCAACGUCGGGUUAAAUAAUAUAAUAGUUAGUAUUUUUUAAGUAAAUUGUCAAUGUUAAUAUUUAUUUUGUUAGUUUAAGUUAUAUAUAUGUAGUAUUAAUUUCGUUCUUUUAUAUAUUUUGGAAAGAUUAACAUUCUAAAAAAUAAUAAAAGAUUUGUCAUAGUUUGAUUAGAGGUUUUAAAUUUUAUGCGGACACCUUUAAUAGGUUAUACCCUCAAUUUUCCAUAAACCGAGAAAUCGGCGUUGCGGAAUUUAUCACACAUGGUUAAUUGGGAUUUUUAAAACCUUAAACCGGAUUCUGCUUUGUGGUUAUAAAGUUUAACGUGAGCCCAUCAACCCAAUAAGCACAGCUAAAAUUUAUGUUUAAUUAUAGCAUUAACCCUAGCGGUAAAAAAAAAUAGAAAAAUUCCAAUUCUACCAAGAUCUUCAAACCCUAGCUGGCGAACCUUGUCUCUGUUUUUGUCUUUCCUACUUAUAUAUCUGAAAAAUAGCCCCUGUGAAUUAGACAUAGCUAUGGUUAAUUAUCUGUUGAGAAGAAGAUACGUGGCUCCAGAGAUUUCUUUUGAUCUCAUGAUCGAAAUCCUGAGUAGAUUGCCUGCUAAAUCGCUUAUGAGGUUCAAGUGUGUCUCAAAGCUAUGGUGUUGUCUGAUCCGCUCUUGAUAUUUUAGCAACCUUUAUCUCAUGGUCUCAUCAUCGCAACCGCGACCACUUGGUCUAUACAUGAGUUUGUAUAUGAGUUUGGAUUUGGUGAGACACUACAUGUGUGAUUCAAUGGAGAUGUAUGCUGCUAUAUCAUUAAGGUUAAUGUCGUCUAGUAGUAGUGCUGAAUCAUCAUUAGAACCAGAUUUGACUUUCCCAGGGAUGGGAGGAUACAGGAUGGUGUCUCUUCGCGGUUUGAUUGUAUUCACUAUUUGCAGAAAAGCAUGUAUCUAUAAUCCCGCCACUAGACAGAGUUUAACCUUACCCACCUUCAAAUCUAACCUCUUUGCGCAACAAGAACCUUAUAAGCAUGUCCACUACUUUUUCGGACACGAUCCUGUUCUUGAUCAAUACAAAAUAGUCUGUAGUGUUAUGAUAGCCUCGUCAUUCUCUGAGAUGCUAUUCUCCGAGUUUUGGGUCUUCGUAUUGGAACCCGGAGGUUUUUGGAAAAGAACCGAGUAUGAUGCUCAAGCUCACCUUCCUACAAGACAAGGACUCUGCAUCAAUGGAGUUAUAUAUUAUCUGGCUUUCAAUCAUACACGUCGCUAUCACGUUUAUUGUUUUGACGUUAGGUCUGAAGAUAUCCGUGUGAUCCAAGCACCCCAUGCAGUGCCUCAGUUUUGUACUUCCUUUGGUUUCAUAGAGCAUGGUGGAAAACCAGCAAUCUUUGACUAUUCACGUAUUACAGAAACGGGUGUCUCGGAGUUGUGGGUGUUGGAGGUGGAUGGUGGAAUAUGGUCGAGAAAAUCUCUGGUUUUGAAGCUUUGUCAGAAGCAUUUAGUGGAUGACAUUGACCAUAAUAAGAAGUUGAUUGUUCAUGGUACGGGUGAGAACAAUGAGGUUAUCUUGGCGUUGACUUGUCCUUGUUACCUUCUCUAUUACGAUCUGAUGAAGAAUGAUGUGAGGAAGGUUAAUAUCAAUAGAGUGACAACGCCGCAUGUGUGUAUCAAGGUUCUGGAUAAGUGUGAAAGCAUCAUGCACUUGGAAAUUUGAAUAAAGUUUCUUCUAUAUCAUUAUCUAAUUGUGUUUGUCUAUGAUAAUACAGUUGAACUAUUUUUUUAAUAAUAUUUUUUAUUUUAUUUGUUUUGCAAACAAACAAAACAAUAGUUGAAUCUCUGCUUUUUUUAUUGUUUAAUAUCAUAAAAAAAGAUUGGAAUAUGGGUGGAUUUUUGAAGCUUUGAUGCUGAUGAUCCAUUAGCUGUAUAUAAUGCGGUUUUUUUAGGUAUCAAAUCCUGGUUUGAGUACAUGUGAGGCUCCUACUGUUGUCAGGAGACUGCUAGCUCUCAACACACACAUGAGCUUACAAGUUACAUCCAUGAAUUCAUAUUUUUAUUUGUCUCAUGUGAAUUCCCUAAAACAAACAUUUCAUUUGUUGUUAUUGAUCCGCAGAUCCCUGCCUCGUUUCGAGUCAGAAGAGAAUCAGCAGUUGUAACCAACCAAAGCCAAAGAAAACUUCAGUAGCCACGAGCUUGAGUCUUACACCAUGAGCUAUGGCUUAUGCUGCACCUGUGAAGGUUGAGCCAGCCAAGACAUCUGCAGCUUCAAAGCCACAGAGUAUUGUUGAUUCUUACACAGCCUCCUUAGAGGAUAUGACAGCUCAAGGAGCACUUGACGGGUAAUCUUUGGGACUUAUGGCCUUAAAAACAAAGUUAUUUUUGUGUGUAAUGCUAUAUGCCUAUAUCAAACUAAAUGGGAGAUUUUGAUUAUGACUUUAGUGGAAGAAUUCAAGUAGGACUAUGAAUAUUAAGUAAUAAAGUUAUUUUUAGUCAAAUUUGUGGAUUGUUCAAGAAUGAUUUCUGAUUUCGAUCCCAAAUAUUUUUCUGGUUAUCGCCUAAUAAUUUUUUUCCUUGAGAAAUUUGGUAACUUGUUUUAGCUGUAUAUUAUGACAUAUGUAAUAUUCAUAUUGAUUACUACAUUUCAUUUAUUGUCUUGCCAAAAUAGUAUGAAAGAUAAGUUGUACAGAUAAAUUCAUAUGCGAAAUAAAUUUACGAAUUUUAAAAUAUUUACAUGAACGGUUGAAUAUUCUAUAAAUCUCUAAUAUAAUUUUCGUACACUAAUUAUCAGGAGAAUGUGAUAUUUUGUGUUAUUUUGCAUUUUAAUAUGAAACAUAUUUUAUUUAGUUUUAUGAAAAAUAAUCAAUAAACCGCAUCUUAACUUAUCUAAAACAUAUGCAAUUGUAGUAAACAAUUUUAUGAAUGAUUAUAUAUUUAUAUGACAGCGUAUGAGUAAAAAUGAUAAUAAUAGAUGUAUAUGCACGUAAAAUAUAUAUUCAUUGACAUUUAUUCAGAAACCAUGAUGCAAACCAUAAAUAAAACACUCACAACUAUCAUAUUAAUAUAUCUAAUACAAAACAGUACUCACCUAUUUUUAAGUGAUUUUUUACAUUUUUAACUAAUUUAAACCACUUUAUUUAUUGUUUUUCCUAAAUAAUUCGAUUAUAUUUAUUACAAAAUACAAAAUAGAACUUAUCUAUUUUAAGUAUUUUUAUAACAUCUUUUACAUUUAUUUUUUCAUUUUUUCUAAUUACUUUAUUAAUUAUAUUUACCAUAAUAAUUAGACAAUAUUAUUUUACGUAUUAACCAAAAUAAUUUCGUAGGUUUGAAUGAAAUUGAUUCAUUCAUAACAAGA